GACCCAACUGAAGGGUCUCAGGAUGAAAACACAGGCUGCAUAGGAUUCCACGUUGAUACCAUGUGGGACACGCCGCUGACUUCUAAUAAAGUCCCUGGUGAUACCCCUAGUUCAUUGCAGAAGCACUCAACAAUCAGCACCAUAGCUGAUGACGAAGUACCGAGUAAUCUUAGAUUCAGCUGGCCAUCUGCCAACGAGUGGAUGUCAGAAGUCAGACCAGUCUCCUGUGACGUUGACUUGGUAGAGGCUUUGCUAGCUUUGCCCUCGACAGAAGGUGACAAUCAAUGCCAGCCAGCGCUCCCAAAUAAACCUGAUUCCUUAAACAGCAUGGGGCAGACUUGCCUCCCCGAGACAGUGUUCCACGAUGCAUGGGCAAUCCUCCACCACUCUACUCUGGAACGAGCGGACAAACACCCGUGGCUUUCACGGGCUUUGGGGUUAGUCAAGUGGCCACUAUCAAGGGAGGAAGAGCGGAAUAGGCUAGUCACAGAUUUGAUGAGACACUUGGUUGCCGGACCGAUUUUGUCAGAGUCGGCCCACUGGGCUGCUCAAGGCACCGAUGUAGCUAUCUCCGCAAUGCGACGAAUGGGGAUGUUUUCUGGGAAAUGGGUGCCACUGGAUAAUGUGGAAGAGGACAGAUGGAUAUGUGAAGAAGAAGCCAAGAGAUUAGCUUAUGCUGUUCUUCGGCUAGACGUAUAUUUCAGCAUCACAAUACAUCGACCUCCAUCUAUACGCUUUCAAGAACUUCGUCUUGCCCUUCCGGUCACAGAAACUCUUUGGAAAGCUUUGAAAGCAGACGAGAGAUAUCGUAUUCAGUGGUUCGAGCCAGCCGGGCGUGAUAAGUGCAUUUUCCAGUCAGCCGUCCAGGAAAUUUUCCAGACUUCCAGGGAAUUGCCUAAUGAUCAGCGGCAUCCGUUUGAAGAGCCGGAUAGUCAUUUAGCCCUUUGUGCGAUCCAAGUGGAAUUAUGGUCGGCCAUCCAGGCAUUGCGCGGCGGCACAGAGUUUUUGACGUCCAUAAGCCAGCAAAGUAGCGUCAGCUACCAAAGAAACCACUUGACAUAUUGCCAAUCAUACCUCGAAGGAGCUUAUAAACGAGGCCACAUAUGUUGCACAGGACGCUCGGAAUCACAACAUUUUUGGCUCACUCUCAAUCUGACUCUAUUCCACUUGACACUCCUCAACAUUCAUGCGGAUAUUUCUCUUCUCGAAAACCAGCGUAGUGGUGAUUAUCGGCAAGAAAUAGAGACCCAUAGAGCAAUUCGAGCAUGGGCAGAUUCCACUGAUGGCCGCAGAGCAGUAUACCAUGCAGUCCAGCUGCAAAAUAAGCAUGAAUGCAAAACAUGUGCUUCGUGGCCAGAGUAUUACAAAUAUUGGAACCCUUUGAGACCCAUAGCUUUGUUGUACAGCUGUAUUGUCUUGCAUGCCUACAGUGCCGAAUGUACGGCGUCUGUGGCCGAGGACGGUACGGUGGUAGAACUGUCGGGCGUUCGCGGCACUGAUGAACCAGUUCAAAACUGGCUACGGGAAGGAGGCAAUGCUUCUAUUCGGGGUGUCAUUCUAGGGAAAUCGGCCCUUUCUCAGCUGGUCUCAUGGUCUUAUGAGCGACUGGCAAUGUUCAACGCUAGCUGUCGCCGAUUCGAAAGAUUUGUGUCCAGAGUAACCAAUUACCACUAG